GUCCGCCAACGCGGCGUUUGCUACUCGUGUAAGACUCAGCACAGGAAUCACCAGAGCUCUUGAUCGGCAUGGAUCACGAAAAGUGCUACGUGUUCUCACACGAGAGACCGGCGAAGCGCAGGCGUGUUGACAUCGGAAAUGAAGGCUCUGGGUUGGAUGCCUCGCUCCCAAUGCGGCGGCGAUUAUACCACGAGCUCUGGCAGGACCAGCAGCGACGCAUCGAGGAAGUCAUCAAGGCAGCGAAUGAGGCCAUCCUAGAUGAAAUAUCGUCGUUUGUGGCCGACUCUCGCAGCGACGGCGAUGAUCUCGGCACCCUCCGAGCUGGCUUUAUCUUGGCCGGCCCAAGCAUCGCAGCGCACUCCUUCAUCUUCGGUCAGAUUCAGGAAAGGACUCUUGAUCAGCACACCAGCGUCUUCAUUCCUAUUGCGUCGCACGACAGCGCGAACCUUAAAACCGUGUUGAAGGCAAUCGUCAAGAUUGGCACGGCACGCAACAGUGUCGACGACGAUGAUCUCGAGCUCUUGCCGCAAAAGCGGUCUGAACGGAAGCUACUCGACUACGAUCUUCAACUCCUACACGAGCGGGUAGAAGAAAAUGGCGUUCGUCACGUCGUUGUUGCAUUUCGUGAUUGUGAAGCGUUCGACAGCGGCGUGCUGUCGGAGGCCAUCGAGCUCCUCGCUCUUUGGUCGAAUCGAAUUCCUUUCGUUCUGCUGUUUGGCAUCGCGACAUCUGUGGACAAUCUGCAAGAGCGGCUUUCGCAGAACGCCACAAGAUGUCUAGUUGGUCAGCAGUUUGAUGCAGUUCAACCAGAACAGAUAGUAGAAGAUGUCUUCGCCACGACUACAGUCACAGGAUCGCAUAGAUUGUGGCUCGGUGCGCAAAUUGGAAACAUGCUAUUACAACGGCAUCAUGAGAACCUAUUGAGCACCCAAGACUUGGUUGACUCAUUGCAAUAUGCAUACAUGUCUCACUUUUACGCGAAUCCGCUGAGUGUGUUCCUUUCAAGAGACUUGAGUCUAGAUGACAUCUCAAAGGAGCACAUAGAGGCUGUACGCAACACAACAUCAUUCCGCAAAUUCGCAGAAGCGUCUCUAACAAGUGUCGAAAGCGCCCGGAGCCUUCAGAGGAUGCUCGAGUCUGAUGAUGCUCUGUUGAAACGCCUAACAGAUGCCGUACAGGAGCUUGAGAGUGCGCUUACAUUCAUGGCCCAGACAGUGCAAACAGCGUGCGCAAUCAAUUCAGAGCUUUCAAAGACCAAACUCACCUCGUCGAGCUUGUAUCUAAAGGCAAUGUCUGGAAAGCUCCGUGAUGAUCACACUAUACGAGAGUUACUCCUAGCAGUGAAAAAGGCUCCAUCAAAUAUCUUAAUUAAGGCUUUGCGUGCCGCGCAAGCGGCAAUAUCUGCAAACUACGCUGCAAACAUUGAGAACCUACUUGGUCAACUCAACGCGCUUGCAAGUGAGGACGGUUCUGGGCAGCCUAUGCGAAGCGAGCAUGACAUUCGAAACGACACGUUGCGAACCACAGUUGUGGCUCAAAAGGUCCAACUCAGUCGCCACAAAGCAAGGUUGUCAGAAAAGGAUGAGGCUUACUCUAAAAUUGUUUCCCAGUUCCAUGAUCUCCUAACUCGUAUUUUUGAGGAGGUCAGAUACCCUUUCGACAUGUUGGGACAUGAAGCUGUCAUCUACGAUUUGCGCAUGCCUCACCGAGCUGCUCUUACCCCAAAGCCACGGUUUGCAAUUGAGAGAGCGUUAUCUUCGCCUCACGAUUAUUUAAAUUGCCGCUGCUGCGGUCCUGCUGAGAACGGAGGAAAGAACGGCGAGGAAGCAAUUCUUUCUGCAAGUCUCCCACCGACAGCGCUGCUGUAUCGUCUGUACUUAGAAUCCGGCGCUCUGAUUAAUGUAAGCGAUUUGUGGUCUGCGUAUGCUGCAAUCAUGGAAGGAGAAGGCGAGAGUGAUACGUCAAAGUUGAUGCCUCUGUUCCAGCGAGCGGUCGCGGAGCUGAAAUACCUUGGGUUUGUCAAGCCAACAAGGAAAAAGAUGGACCAUAUUACAAAAGUGGCGUGGAAGGGACUUUAACUUCUCCGUGCGAUGUAUGCAUUAAAACAAGUUACACAGUCUAUCAUGGUUGUCGGUUGCUAAAAUACGGGACAGAUUCAGCAUUGGGGUCCAUGACUCGGCAUAAUGAGUGGUCACAUGAGACCUAUCUUGAACGAUGAAUGGAUUAUAUACCGAAGCUAUGCAGAGGCGCACUUUUACUAUUCUGGCGAUUGCAAGGCUCCAUUAUGACCAGUUAUUUUAGUGGUGAUAAUGCUGCAUUGUUGGCCACUGAAUCAAGUCUUCGCCGGUGGCGGUGCGGUAUCGCAUAAUGUACCGCAUUUUUUGCACGUCCUUGCUUCUUUAUCUUCUUUGAAU